AAUACUCUUUUGUAAGUGGCCCCUUCAGUGGCUUCCUAAUUUACAAAAGUUAAAAUUUUCCACUGCAGUGUCAUAAAUUUCCCAUAAAAGCAACUUCAGCAAAGGAUAUUUUGUGUUGUGACUAUUGCUGUUUGUUCAUAAAAUCUUGGUGAAGAGGUUGAUCUUAGAUUGUGUUUCAGUUGAUACUUCAGAAUUAAUACAAAAUAUUCAGGAUGUUCCACUUCAGUAGUGUAAGCACUGAUGUCUCUCCUUUAGAAUAAUGGAAAUCAUAGACUCAUUUAGGUUGGAAAAGGCCUUUAAGGUCUUCGAGUCUAACUGUGUUUGUACUUUAUUAAUAUGCAUUGGCAGUUCUGUUGGUAACAUUAGUGGAAAAUAAUUCAGUCAAGUUAGUUUGUAACAUCUGGAAAAUAUGUGAAUGGUUAACUGAAAGAAUAUGGGAGUUUUUGGAAAACUUUAGUUAUGGAAUGUAAUAUUGCUUUAAAGUAUCAAUGAGUACAUAGAGGUAAAAAAAUAUUACUUAAAAAAAAAGAAAAUGGGUAAUUUCAGGAAAUCCUUAGUGAACACUCUUCUAUCACCCUCUUCCUCCAUCCUCCUUAUAAAGUGUUAGCCUGUGAAUGUGGCUAAUGACAUCUUUCAAAACUGCAUGCCUAUCUUUGUCUCUUAAUUCUUCUGAAAGGACUUUUAGAAAUGUGGGGUUAUCUUGCUUAUUUAAAUUAACGCCCAGAGCAGAAGUGAAACCUGCUGACACAGUGGUUCCGAAAGUCUGAAUUGUGGUGUAGUUCCCUGUUGUGCAAUGUGCUCAGGGUGCUUCUGUUUAGGAGAGCAGGCAUGUUUCAGAAUGUGUGUAAGUUGCUAAUAACAUUUUAUCAUGUGUUACCAAAAAUCCAAAAGUUGCAUCCAUUAUGCAAUGAGUCAAAAGUAGAAACAAGCUUCAAAUAUGUAGAGCAAACUUUUCUUCAGGCUGCUUUGUUUCAUUUCCUAAACACUAAGGGUAAAGAAGCAUUGCAGCCUUUUCAACUGCUUUUUGUUUAACAUAAUUUUCUUGGUAUUUGAGUAUGCAGCUUCACAAUUUUCUUCAAUAAAAAAGACUGGAAGAACUGCAAGAAUGGAGAGAAUGAAGGAUGGUCUCUGUACUACUGUACAAUAGCUUCCUGUCUGAGGCUGUGAGAAUGCCAUGUUUUUUUCCCAAUAUAUGACCACAUUUCAAAUGUUUCAGCAUUAUGACCUCAGUUGUCUGCAAAAGGUUCUCUUCCAUUGUAUAUCUAAAUCACUUGUUGAUGAAUGAAAAUAUAGAGUCAAUGGCAGGAUCAAAGUGUGCAAGAGAUUAACUCUGAAGCAGACUGCUUUCAGGUUCCCCCUAGUGUCCUGAUAUGGAUGUUGUAAUUCUAAAGUGAACUGCAGUUCAGUUUUUCUUUAGUGGAAGAGCUUCCUUUUGGCAGAGUUGUUCUGUUCCAGUGGAAAAAAGGGUAUCUUGCUCUUUCUUUGAGUUCCUGUCAAUGCACAGGGCCCUCAGACAGCAUAAAAAGCUUUUACAGUUGGCCUGGUUAUAAGUAUUUAAAAAUAAUAAUUUAUCUCAUUGUGCUUGAAUAAUUCUGCUUUAUAUGCUUUAAAAAAGCACCAAAACCCCACAAAACAAUGUUUCUGCUAGUGUUGAUUUUGAUAAUCAACAAUAAAAGUGUUGCAAAUUCAAACAUCAGGUCCUUUUGGAAACCUCAGUUUUUAAGUGUGUAAAACGUUGUUAAAAUCAGAUAAAAAAUUAUUACUUUUAUUUAAAUAAAUUAUAUCUCAGACAAAGGCUCUGAAAUUGAUGUUAAGAUAACCAAAAGCUAUGAUGUUGUGCUGCCCCAAAUAUCAAAGUGUAUUCAAAUGUCAAUUAAAAGGUACCAUUUUCUGCCAAAGUUGGAUGUCUUAUUGUCAUUCAGAUGCAAUCUCAUUUGAUUAAGGUUAAAGUGCAGUAGAAGCCACUUUGAUUCUGUUUGUUUUCUACAGGGGAAGUUUUUACAACUUGCUAUUGGUGAUAUUUUUCCAACCUUGUUUACAGGCAGUUGAUUUUCUUCUGUAGAGUCAGUUCUGUGAAGAAAUGUGAGAAUAAAUACAAAUGAUUUGGUGGAUAGGUUGAUUUCUUUGUGUGUGCCCAGACUUAAGUGAAGUAACAUUGGAAAAAGGAACUUUAUCAUUAGAAACAUGGGCAGUUCCUAGAGGACAAGUAUGUUCAAAAUUUUCAUAUUUAAAUAUUUCUUUACAUGUUGUUUUUGGAAGUAGGUGAGACAGUUCUAAUAAAGCUGCUCUUAACUGUUUUUUCUCAUGUAUCUCAUAUUUAUUUUUUCAAAGUCUCUUCUGUAUCAGUUUGAGGUGGAACAGUCUUUCAGAAUUAUGAGAUGAUGAAAGUGUGUUUGGAUGAAAGCUGUGUUUGAUUGCCAAAAGCCACCAUGUAAAGAUGUUCUUCCUUCCCUGAAAAAAACCCAGCUGAACAUUUAAAGUUGUAUAAAUGCAUAUGUAAUUAAGAUAUCUGAUUGCAGAAAUUUAUUUGAUAUGAUAACACAUCCCCAGGGCUGUUAGCUGUGUUGUUCAUAUUUUAUAUGCCUCAAUAAAAGGAAGUAUUGGAUUUUGUGUAGGUGGUUUCUCUACAAAUUUGAUAGUAUUGGGAAGAAAUACUUGUUCUGGAGGCUUGGUUUCUAAAUAAUGAGAAACAUAAUGCAAUUUUGUUUACUUUUUUUUUUCCUCCUUAUCUCAUAUGUGUAGAAAAUUAAUUUGGUUGCCAGACACAAUUGCCAUUGACUAGAAUAACUCUUGCAUUUGUUUCAGCAUUUAAAAAUUCCCUGCUAACUGUGAAAUCCUGAUUUAAAAAUGUUAAGAUAAAGUUCUUGUAGCCACUGGGUGUAGCAUAUUUGAUUCAUACUGCUGGAAGGUCUUUUACUUAGAUCUCCAGUCUGGAUGGUAUAUUUUAUGUAUUUGUCUUAAUGUUCGGUUCACUGUGCGUUUGGCUUGGUAUUUUAUUUUUUUAUUCUGUUUAUGGUAUCAAUUAUGUUUGUAAGGACAUCUUAAAGCUGUCUCAAGUUCAGGCAGGGAGUUCAGGAGGAGACUUUGUGUCUAGGGCAAUGACUUUGAUUUAUUGAUGCCAGCUUCAGAGUUCUAGGGCUGGUCAGAACUGCUAUGGUUGCAUUGCAAGAAGUAUGGCUGGUGUAGGUUUACUCUGCAUGUUCAAAUUUGCCUUACAAUAACAUCAUGGCAGCAGAAUUUUUAUGGGUAGACUUUAUGCAAGACUAGAUAAUUGUCUUCCAGAAGUCAAUGUGAAAGUCACAAGCCUGUCUAGGUUCUUUGUUGUACAUGCUCCGAUUUUGCUUAAAGUUGUCUCAAAUAAAUUGUCUUUCCUUGAACAUGUAUUUGUGCUACUGGAUGGUAGUGUACAGAUUAAGAUGCAUGAAAAUGUGGUCUAUGGCAUUAUUAGAAAGAUGGGUAACUUCUGUCAUUCAUUUUAAAAUAAUGAAAAAUGCCUUUUCAUGAGCACCCUUUUUAAUAGUUCUUGGCUGGUUAGAACUCCCAUGCAAACCAUGCUAAUGCUCUCUGAAGUAGAGAAUUGUAAGUGUUAAGCAAAUGUAGAGCAUCUGACCUGCCUGCCAGGUGUUGGAUGCUGUCAACUUUUCUUACUAAGUAGCCCCUCAAGUCAUAAAUUUACAAUAGGAGUCCUACGGCAUUUUUUUCUCUUUGCAAGAGAAAUGUGUGUCUUUCUUAAAAGUAUUGUGUUGUCUUUUACAUGGUUAUUCACAAAACAAAAACUAAUAAAAUAAUAAAACUAGUGUCAGUAUUAUAGUUCUCGAGACAAAAAAUGAAAUGGCUACAAAAGAGGCUUUUUUUUUGGCUAAUUUUCGAUCUCUAGCUCAGUUUCUCUUUACAUUUUGUCAGCUGAACUUUCCUGUAAAAUAAGCACCAUCUACAGUGGGAUGUAUGAGUCAGUUGUGUCAGAAUCAACACCUUACUUUUAAACUGAAUUCUCACAAAACCUGCUAGUAGGACAUAGUGAAAGCAUUACCCUUAAUACAUCAGAAAAUCAACUGCUGCUUUUUUUAAAACAGAAAGAGCUUGUUUGUAUAGCUUUACAAGAUAUUAGGCAAGAUAAAUAAGAAACAGAAGUGGAUCUUCUUUUAAAUGUCCUGUCAGUGGCCAUUCUGAAGGACCUGGGACUGACUCCUAGAAAUUUCAAGUUCUGAGAGUUUUUAUCUCAGGCUUUAUUAUUUCUUUAUUUCAGGCUUUUCAGACUUUUAAGAUUGUUGUGCUUUAGAAAUGCAAGAGGAAAAUAGAAGAAAUUUUGCUAAGAAAGUAUGUGUCUUAAAAUAUGGCUUCAUGGUAGGGGUGAGCUGGAACUGACUAGUUCCUGAUUUCUGAAAGAGAAAAAUGUCAUUCCCACUACAUCCUUUCUCUUUUCCCAUAAGCUGAUUCAACUUCUGAAGCCAUUGAAAAACUCAAAACCUUAAAAACCACUCUACAAGCUCAAAAAAGACUUACAGUUUUAGUUUCCUGAAGUGAAUGUUAAGUGAAUUACAUGUUCAUUCCCUAAUCAGAAUCAUAAAAUAAAAAAAUGGUCUGGGUUGGAAGGCGCAGUUUUCUAGUUCCAGCACCCCUAGUGUGGAAAGGGACACCUUCAACUAGACCAUGUUGCUCAGAGCUCCAUCUUUCCUGACCUUAAACAUUUUCGGGGGUGGACAGCCACAACUUCUCUGGGCAACUUGUUCAAGUGCCUCACCACCUGACAGAAAGAACUUCCUGAUAUCUAAUGUGAGUCUACUCUCUUUCCAUUUGAAGUGCAAGAGACUCUCUCUCAGCCUUUCCUCCAGGGAGAAGUGCUCCCUCCUUCGAAUUGUCUUGGUGAGUCUCGUCUGGACUCUCUCCAGCAAGUGCAUGUCCUGUGCUGGGAACCAGGUAGGGUCUCAGUGGAGUGGAGUCAUGGAAUCACCUCCCUGAAAGUACCAACUGCAUUGACCGGGAAUCGAACCCCAGCCUUCUGCGUGGCAGGCAAGAAUUCUACCACUGAACCACCAAUGCUGGUGAUUAUUAUUGUAAUUCUCUGGCUCAUUUUACACAUUGUCUUUAUUAAAAAAAAGAUUAAAUAAAGCAAAAACUUCUAUUCCAGAAAUACACAGGCACCACCAACUUCUUUAAUUUUUCCCCUCUACGCUUUUUCUGAAAAAUUUGCUUUCGCAAUUGGGAGUUGAUUGUGCAGCUUCCCCAUGCCCAGCACUUUGUAGAGCCUGCAGUGACUGCAGGCAGUCUGGCCUCAUUUUUCAUGUAAUUGAACAUUUUCUAUUCACUUAUAAGUGUCCACAGUUUCCAAAGUGACAGUAGCACAGAAUUUUUGGUUUCUUUUCAAGUGACAGUGUGUCAUACCUACUUUUCUGAAGUAACCAGAGUGAUGCUUGCCAAAGUUCAUCCUGUGAUGUUGAAUACCACCAGCAUUAUUACCAUAUCCUCUGGGAUGUUUCCUGUGUGUGCUCGUAUGGCUGUGGCUGAUGUGCCCUCUCAGCUUCCGGGCGUCCCUUAGUCUGGAAUGCAUCUUGUCAGUGUGUGCAAGGGCAGGGAAAGAGCUUGGUGCUUGUUAGAGUGAGGAAGGGCAAAGGGGAUGGAGGUGGGAAAGCAUCAGAUCCAAUGUAAGGCAAAGAUGUUGCGUUGUCAAAAUAUUAUGAGAAGAGUGGAAGGUGAUGUGACUGGUACCUUGCCAUUUCUCCAGCUGAGACGUGAAGCUGCAGCAGUGGAAGUGUGUGGCUCCCCUACAGUCUGAGUCAGACUUUGCUGGAGUAGCCCCAUGGUCCUACUCUACCUCCUCUGGGCUCAGCAGUCUCCCCUGCCUGUGCCUCACCGGUACUGAGUGGCAUCUGAAUUGAAGUGGCAAAAUACCAUCAGUGCAAUUUUACUACUGGCUCCGUUCCCUAAUCUGGUAUGUUGCAGGUUCGCAUUAUGGCCAGCACUAGCACAAAACAGGAUUUGCAGCUUUCUGGUACUGUCUGCCUUAUUAAUAAAAUAUGUGUGGAUUGCUAAAACUUUUUUUUUUGGUAGCUGUGAAUUUGUUGUGGUAGAGGCUUGCUGGUACCCUGGUGUCUGGUUGAUAUUCAGUGUGUGUAACAGUGGUAAUAAUCUGACUGGCAUUCAUGCUGUGAGGAUUUCAUAUACCUUUAAGUUCCUCAGCAUUACUUUAGAAAUGUGACUUGUGGACUUUUUGUUUUGUUGGGUUUUGUUUUGUUUUUGGGUUUUUUGGUUGUUUUCCAUUGGUUUUUAAAAAUGAUUUAAUUAAAAUAAUCUGCAGCUGACAGCACCUGAAUCCUGUAUGUUACAGCACUUAGCUAAAAAUUUAUGAUGAAAUGCUGCUGUAGUUCAGAUUGCAUGAGCAGACUGUAUUUCCAUCAUGUCUGCCUUUGUAUUAAAAAGAAAUGUUGUGGCCCAGCAGAGUGCAGAUUCCUCCUCCUGUAUUAGUUACCUAUAGAUAUUGGAAACAUUGCAUUAUCGUCCCACUAUAAUUACUGAGUUUCUAUUUGUCAGUAGUAAUUUUUGUUCACCGUAAGAGUAAACAUGUAUUGUUAGUAAGUUAUUAUACAGAUGCUUGAUUUGAGUGGGAUGCAGUUAUAUGACUACAGAAUUUGAGACAGAGGGAAAGCUGAAGAAUUAAGCCUUGAAUUAAUGUGAAUUUGUGAGAUUCAGUCUUUUGCUUUUCUGUGGAACAACAUGUAGGUGAAUAAUCAUUCAAAAAUUGCACCAUUCAUGGAAAGAAUUCUUUUAUUUAUUAGCUGCUGAUGGUUGAUGGUCUUGUCAAGGAGAUAUUCUGUUUGGGUGUAGUUUGGCUUGGUUGUAUUUGAGCAAUUAGUCCUAAUGCAGUAAUUGGAUAGUUUGACUUUUUUAAAUUAAUUUUUUUUGUUUUUAAUUUUGCUGUUCACCUCCUUAGGAUGUGCUGUCAGGGAAAGCAGAUCUUCUUGUGCAAGCACUUUAAAUAAUGUCAAUAAAAACAAGAUAAAAUUAUCUGUCUCUUAUUAUGCUGCUUCAUAUCUGGACUCAUCAGCUGUUCACAGUGAUGCUGUCUAUUCUAGGGAAUUAAUCUAGAGGAUAAGUGUUUCAUAAUUGGACACUGACCUGUUGGAGUGAAACCAGAAAGGGGCCACCAAGUUGAUCAGAGGGAUGGAGCACAUGUAUGAGGAAAGGCUGAGAGACUUUAGAGUGUUCAGCCUGGAAAAAGAAAGGCUUUGGAUUGAUCUAACUGUGGCCUUCCAGUACCUGAAAGGAGCCUACAGGAAAGAUGGGACAAGACUGUCUAGGAGAGGAUGUAGUGACAGGGCAGGGGGGAAUAGAAUCAAAUGGAAAGAGAGUAGGUUUAAAUUAGAUGUGAGAGAACUGUUUACUGUGAGAGUGGUGAGGCACUGCAACAGUGUUCCCAGAGAAGUUGUGGAUGUCCCAUUCCUGGAAGUGUUCAAGGCCAGGUUGGAGCUCUGAGCAACUCUGAGGAAGGUGUUCCUGCUCAUGGCAGAGAGAUUGGAACUUGAUGAUCUUCAAGGUCCCCUUCCAGCCCAAACCACUCCAUAAUUUAGAAUAUUUGUAUAAGUGGUUGUAAAACAAUUAAACAUAUGGCCUUGCUUAGGCUGCCUUAACAGUGUUGGAACAGCCCUAGUUUGUAGUUCUUGUCAACUUGCACAGCAAUCUAAGACUAUUUUGGGAUAAAGAAAAACUAGAAUAUCUAAAAAAUGCUGCCAAAAUGUGUGGAGAUGAAUUUAGCUAAAGGCAGUAUGUUAGAGUUGUAAAGUGAGGGGCUUUGAAUUCCUUUUUGUCUCCCUACCAUCCCUUCUUCCGCUCCCCCCCCCCCCCCGAUAAAAAACAAAAACAAAAUAACAGAAAACCGAAAACAUGCCCGAAGUUUAAAAACCCAACUUCCUGAAAACCCCAACAAAUCAAAUCACCCAACCCUCCCUAGCCUAGCUCAGUGGCAUUUGCUGACCACAUGCUCAUACAUGCUGCUGUGGGAUCUCGGUGGGGUUCUGUUGGAACAUGGUGAAUUUCAGCCAUCUAUACUGAGGGACAGUUUUGAGUCCUGGAACAUGUCCUGGAAAACUUUACACACAUCUUUUGUUUUUCUACAUCAUCAGUGUAUUUAGAUCAGAAUGUGGUGUGAUUAAUCAAGUAGUACAUAGUACACUAGAGAACAUAGUAAUCUUGCUGUUAAUAAGGGUUCAGGUUAUAAAUUUCAGCGGGAUCUCUAGAGACUAAGUAUUCAGCUGUCCAAAUGAUGUGCAGUUGUGUAAUGUCAGGAGGGCUUAAACCAGUGAUCUGCCUUGUGUUUGCUCUCAGCAUCCUGGUGGCUUCUGACAGCUGUCCUGCAAUGUGCUGAGAUACCCGAGACUUCAUUACUGGGGCAGUACACCAGAGAAUAUCUACAGAAUACAUCUAUCUUUUUUCUUUCUUUCUUUUUUUGGAAAAACCCAGUUCCAUGUGUACGUGCCAGUGCAAGCUGAAGCAUGCUGUGCAGGUGUAUGUCUUGGGAACUAGGUAGGUGUUACACAGAAAUUGUAUUCUGAAAAAUACUUGUAGGCAGUAAGACUUUUGGAUUUUAUGGCUAGUUUUAAUUCAUUAAAUGAUGAGCCACUGCUGGCAAAGAUUUCUGUGUUCCCUUGCUAAGGCAGUAAUGUUUCUUUGGAGGAGUACCCUGUAUUUAAUUUCUUUGUAAAAAGAAGCUCCUAGGAAGUUUUUUAAAUAUGACUUAGAAGGUUCCCCUUUGAUAAGAAGCUGAACAAAACCAUCUGUAGAGGUGUUCAUGCAACUUGCCCCCUUCAUCAUCUUAAUCCCCUAGCACCUUGCCUCCUCCUGAAUCCCCCCAUGGCCUGGGCCACCCUCACCCUCUCCAAAAUAAAGCCUCAUUUAGAAGUAUUGUUAUGCUAUAUCAUAAUUAUUUCUUGCCUUUUUUUUAUUUCCUAAAGAGAGAUGCUUUGAGCUUGGUAGAUGCUGCCCUUUCAGCUGCAUGAAGAAGGGUGGCACUGGGUUGGUUUCUUGGGGCUGCAAUGUUAGAAAAGAUAGUCAUAGUAUUUGAGUUGGAAGGGAAACAUAGGGAAUCAUCAACUCCAGCUCCCUUAUCUAAUUUGCUCAUAAAAGGAAGGGUUGAUUUUGGACUGUGAAUGCAACUCUUAGCACUCUACCUCCCUACCCCCCCGAACCAGGAUUUUGAAGUUUCAAUAGAUACAGAGUUUACAGGGCUGCAUGUGUGGGUAUGUCAGUUUGCUUGCUCUGUAAGCAAGCAAGCACUCAGUUUUCUUGUGCUCAUAUCUGACUGUGUCAGAUAGCAGCUGGUCUGGAGCUCAUGUGGUAAAUCCUGCUGAGAGCUCAGUCCUGCUUACUGCAGCUACUUUAAAUGUCCUGCCAUUUCGGAAUGGCAGAUUAAGCACAGCUCUGCCUGCUAGACACUCUGCAGACCCUGCAGUAAGGCAGUUCACUGCCACUUCGUAAUGGACUGGGAUCAGAAUUGCCUAUUACUUGGGAAAAUGUGAAAAGUUUUUCAAAGAAGUAAGAGCUCAGAUGAAUUUCUUUUUGUCUAGAUUAGUGGUACAUACUGUUUUGGACCCAUCUUUCAAUAGUAUCUUUUAAUAGACUGAGAUAAGGUCAAAUAAAUGGAAUUUGAAGUGGUAUACAAGUGCAAAUGAAGAAGGAAAGAUUGAAGGAUAAAGUGUAUGUUUCAUGAUAGGCACUUAUGUUUCUUUUAUUAAAAUAAGUGUUCUCAUACACUUCAUAAGAGAUAUUUUUGCAGCAUCAAACAUUUGGUUAAAAUAUUGCUCCAGCACAAAUAGUUCUGCUCUGAGUUCUCACAGUGUUGUCACUGAACAUGUUCAAGGGUGUGAUAAUUUUGAAUAUAUUUGCCUACAGUUUGUUUUAGAAUACUUCUGUAGUGAAACAUGUUGAGACAAUUGCAGUUUGAAGUUGCUGUUCUCCAUUUGAUGGGAAUCUUUUUCCUGGUAUUUACUCUAAGGGAAGAGCAGACGUUUAUCCACAAAAUGUUUUGGUAUGGAACUUAAAAGGCAAAAACUUCCAUCUGUUUGAAAAAAAACCAUGCUUGUCUUGCUGCACGACUGAGUGACUGUUAACAAGGAAUUGGCUGACUACAGACUCUAAAGAAAUUCCAGCAAGCUGCUCCAGAAAAGUUUUUUUUUUCUUUAAGUAUUCAAACCAAGCGAGUACUUUUCCCCAAACUUAUAAAAAUUCAAAAUAAAAGGAAAUAAAAUAUGUGAUUCCCACCCCUCUUAUUCUAUCCCUAAGGAAUAGACAGCCUCUUUUCCCUUCACACACCCACUCCCAACCUAAACAAGCAUAUUUUUUACUUGUAGCAAUUGAAUUAUUUCUAGUAUGGAUUUAUGCUAAGGAACAGUUCAUUGAAGUGUGGGAGAACCACCAGGACACGGUUCAGCAUAGCUGUUUCAGUAUUCAUCUGAGCAGCUGAAGACCUGUAUGAGUCUGCUCUGUGUUAGAGAAAGAAUAGGUGUGAUUUAGGAUGCCCAGUUUAGAAGAGAUCACUAAGAGUUAGGGUAUCUGAUAUUUAUGUCUAACUCUGUGGUUCCUGUAUGAGUCAUAUAGUUUAUAACCAUUUACCUAUGGCAGCAGAGAGGCCUUCAAUAGCUUGGAAGUUAAAAGAUGCAUACGUGUGUUAGAGUGAACUUCUAUUUACAGAGUGGAAACAAACUACUUUUAAACUCUCUUGUCAGCACUGUCUGAGAAUACUUUCAUUAGCCUAUGGUUAGAGAAUUUUCUGGACCGAGGCAGUGAGAGGAACUGAAUGUGGCCUUUGAUUUCUCUACAGCUAGGUGAUAAAUACCAUCUUCAUAGUUGCACAGUGUAUUUGCACCAAGUUCAUGGACAGUAUGUUACUUGUUCUAUUUUGUCCAAGUUGUUUGUUGGUUGGGGUGGCAUCAGUCCAGCUUCAUUGCUAGAGUUCUCAUCAAAUAAGACGUAGGAGUAAAAGAAGAAAAAGGAACAAGCAAGGCAGUGGCAUGUCUUAAAGGUUAAGUUAUAGAUAACUCCUUAAAGAGCCAGUUUUCCCAUGCAUUUGAUGAUGGGACAAGGAGAUUAGGGUAUGUUAGUGAUGAAGAGGGGAAGAUUAGGAUGAAGUGCUGAAUUUGAUCUGCUCGAGCAGAGGUUGCAUUUUUCAAAGUUUGGCUUAAGGAAGGAAAAAAUACAGCUACUCACGUAAUACUUGGAACAGAGACAGCUCACUGGGGAGGACACAUGAGAUUAAGGUAGGAGAGGAGAGGAAAAAAAAAUUUUCUUUUUAAGAAGCCUUGGUUUAUUAACAACCAAGCACCUGCAUUGGAAUGAGUAUUCGGUGAAAGGUUGAUAAUACAGCUAUAAACACACUUAGCAGAUGUUUGACUUCUGGGUUGGUCUGUUCUGGGACCCAUGAUACAAAUGCGUUUUGUAGUGCUAAUGAAGUCUUGGAUCAGAGCAAAAAAUAUUACCUUGGAGCUGUUCUUAGCAGCUGUUGAUGCAGAAAAUGUGAAGUGUGGAACUCAGUUUUAGUUCCUUUUUUGGUAUUCCCUGAGCUGGAAUUGAAGGCAUGCCGCUUGCCCAUUCUGCUGCUGUGUGACCCUGCGGUAGCCGUAAUCAGUGGCCUGGGAGAUGAGCGAGUGGAGCGGGAGCGAUUGGCUGGGGAGCAAUUUCCCGGAGUACAUCUGUGUCAGGCACAGGCAGCUGAAGCAGUCAUGUAUGCGCAGGCUCUGAUCUCUGGGGAGGUUCAUUACAGGGUCUCGUACAAGGGCAUUCUCUGCUUCUGCACAUCAGCAUGGAAGAAGCUCGUCAAGGGAAGAAAAUGCAACCUGGUCAUGAUGAAGAAGCUGUUGUGGAUAUGGGCAAAAUCAGCUCUACUAUCAAUACAAAUUUUGAGAAAGAAGAACUAGAGAGCCACAGAGCUGUGUAUAUCGGAGUUCACGUCCCACUUGGCAAGCCAGGCCGUCGAAGGCAUAGGCAUCGUGGGCACAGGCACCACAGAAGAAAAAAAGAAAAAGAUAAUGAUAGAGAGGAUGGCCGAGAAUCUCCAUCAUAUGACACACCAUCCCAACGAGUACAGUUUAUCUUGGGUACUGAAGAUGAUGAUGAACACAUUCCUCAUGAUCUCUUCACUGAAAUGGAUGAACUUUGCUUCAGAGAUGGAGAAGAAUAUGAAUGGAGAGAAACUGCUAGGUGGCUGAAGUUUGAAGAGGAUGUUGAAGACGGCGGUGACCGAUGGAGCAAGCCUUAUGUAGCGACUCUGUCUCUGCACAGUCUCUUUGAACUGCGGAGCUGUAUUCUUAAUGGGACGGUCAUGUUGGACAUGAGAGCAAACACACUUGAUGAGAUAGCAGAUAUGGUUUUGGACAGCAUGAUUGCCUCUGGCCAGCUGGAUGAAUCCAUAAGAGAGAACGUGAGAGAGGCUCUUCUAAAGAGGCACCAUCAUCAAAACGAGAAGAAAUUCAGCAGUCGGAUUCCUCUAGUUCGGUCUUUCGCAGAUAUAGGCAAGAAACAUUCUGACCCUCACUUGCUUGAACGAAAUGGGGAAGGCCUUUCAGCCUCCCGCCACUCUUUGCGAACAGGUCUCUCUGCCUCCAAUCUUUCCCUGAGAGGAGACAGCCGUUUGUCGGUUCUUCUCAGUUACCUUCUUCCUUCUUCAAGAGCUGGGACCCCGGCAGCCUCAAGGUGUACAACCCCUGUAACCACCCCUCAAAACACACCACCCUCCAGCCCUACCUGCAGCCCACCCACAAGUGCCCAGCCAAGCCCGCUUCAGGGCCAGGAAUUGCUGGUGUCACCUGCCAGUGAUGAUAUUCCUUCAGUAGUAAUCCACCCACCCGAGGAGGACUUAGAAGUGCAGGAAAGCCAGGAAAAGAAGACAGAGGAAAAUAUUGGCAAAACACCAGGGCUGUUGGCAUCUCCACAGUCAGCACCUGGAAAUUUGGACGCCGGGAAAAGUGGAGAUGUUAAAGGUACUGGGACAGGAGGAAGCAGAGAAAACAGCACUGUUGAUUUUAGUAAGGAGUCAGCCUCCUGGCACUGUAGUUGUGGCACACUUGGUGUGGGACUCAAGAGGCCAUCUGUUGAUAUGAACUUCAUGAGGAAAAUUCCUUCAGGAGCAGAAGCAUCAAAUGUGUUAGUGGGAGAAGUAGAUUUUUUAGAAAGACCUAUUAUUGCUUUUGUGAGGCUCUCCCCUGCUGUGCUUCUCUCGGGUCUCACAGAGGUUCCGGUUCCUACACGGUUUUUGUUUUUGUUGCUGGGACCAGCAGGAAAAGCUCCACAGUACCAUGAAAUUGGACGAUCAAUAGCAACACUUAUGACAGAUGACGUUUUCCAUGAUGUUGCCUAUAAAGCAAAAGACCGAAAUGAUUUGUUAUCAGGAAUUGAUGAGUUUUUAGACCAAGUGACAGUCCUGCCUCCAGGAGAGUGGGAUCCCUCUAUACGAAUUGAGCCACCAAAAAGCGUUCCUUCCCAGGAGAAAAGGAAGGCACCUAAAUUUCCAAAUGGAUCUGCUCCUACAGGAGAGGGUCUUAAAGAAGAAGGCCAUCAUGCUGGACCUGAACUUCAGAGAACUGGAAGGCUUUUUGGUGGUUUGAUACUUGACAUCAAAAGGAAAGCACCUUUUUUCUUGAGUGACUUCAAGGAUGCAUUAAGCCUGCAGUGCCUGGCCUCGAUUCUUUUCCUAUACUGUGCCUGUAUGUCUCCUGUAAUCACUUUUGGAGGGCUCCUGGGAGAAGCUACACAAGGCAGAAUAAGUGCAAUAGAGUCUCUCUUUGGAGCCUCAUUAACUGGGAUUGCCUAUUCCCUCUUUGCUGGGCAACCUCUUACUAUCUUGGGAAGCACAGGACCAGUUCUAGUAUUUGAAAAAAUAUUAUUUAAAUUUUGCAGGGAUUAUGGUCUUUCCUACCUCUCCCUGCGAGCUAGCAUUGGUCUGUGGACUGCAUUUCUGUGCAUCGUGCUUGUAGCCACAGAUGCCAGCAGCCUCGUGUGCUACAUCACUCGAUUCACUGAGGAAGCUUUUGCAGCGCUCAUAUGCAUCAUAUUUAUUUACGAGGCAUUGGAAAAGCUUGUCCAUUUGGGAGAAGUGUAUCCCUUCAAUAUGCACAAUGAUUUGAAUAAACUGACUUCAUAUUCUUGUGUGUGUUCUGAGCCUGAGAAACCAAGCAAUGAAACGUUGCGUAUGUGGAGGACUAUGAAUAAGUCUGGUGAAAAUAUAGCAUGGAAUAAUCUUACAGUUUCUGAAUGUUUAGAAUAUCAUGGUGUGUUUCGUGGAUCAGCUUGUGGCCAUCAUGGACCAUAUAUUCCAGAUGUUCUUUUCUGGUCUGUCAUACUAUUUUUUGCAACAUUUUUCCUCUCCUCUUUCCUUAAGAAAUUCAAGACCAAACGCUAUUUCCCAACUAAGGUGCGUUCCACCAUCAGCGACUUUGCAGUAUUUCUGACCAUAGUAAUCAUGGUUUUGAUUGACUAUCUUGUAGGAGUACCUUCUCCUAAGCUUCACGUUCCAGAGAAGUUUGAACCCACCCGAAAAGAUCGAGGAUGGUUCAUAGAUCCUCUUGGAGGCAAUCCUUGGUGGACACUCUUGAUUGCUUCUCUUCCUGCUUUACUCUGCACCAUUCUCAUUUUCAUGGAUCAACAAAUAACAGCUGUUAUUAUAAACAGGAAAGAGCAUAAACUGAAGAAAGGCUGUGGUUAUCAUCUUGAUCUACUCAUGGUUGGUAUUAUGUUGGGAAUAUGUUCUAUCAUGGGCUUACCGUGGUUUGUUGCUGCAACUGUCCUGUCUAUAAGUCAUGUUAACAGCCUGAAAGUUGAAUCUGAAUGCUCAGCACCAGGAGAACAACCAAAGUUUUUGGGAAUCCGGGAGCAGCGAGUGACAGGAUUGAUGAUUUUUGUGCUGAUGGGGAUGUCAGUGUCCAUGACCUCUGUGUUAAAGUUUAUUCCAAUGCCAGUUUUGUAUGGUGUCUUUCUUUACAUGGGAGUAUCUUCAUUAAAAGGCAUUCAGUUUUUUGACCGUAUAAAACUGUUUGGAAUGCCUGCCAAACAUCAACCUGACCUGAUUUAUCUACGUUAUGUGCCACUCUGGAAGGUCCAUAUCUUUACAGUUGUUCAGCUCACUUGUCUAGUUCUGUUGUGGGUGAUCAAAGCCUCUGCAGCUGCUGUUGUUUUCCCUAUGAUGGUUCUAGCAUUAGUGUUCAUUCGCAAGCUCAUGGAUUUGUGUUUCACCAAAAAAGAGCUUAGCUGGCUUGAUGAUCUUAUGCCAGAAAGUAAAAAGAAGACAGAAGAUGAUGAAAAGAUAAAAGAGAAAGAAGAAGCAGAGAGAAUGUUUUCAGACCAUGACAGUGUACACCUUGCAUAUGGAGAAGCAAAUCUGGAUUUUCCUGUAAAAACCCUGAAAUACAGCAUUGAUCCCUCAGUUGUAAACAUAUCAGACGAAAUGGCCAAAACUGCACAGUGGAAGGCUCUUGCCAUGAGUACUGAGAAUGCCAAAGUAACCAGAGCUAACCUGAGCCCUGAAAAACCAGAAAGUGUGAAAAUAGAAGUGGAAAAGUCACCUGUUGUGAGAUAUGUGGAUGCUGAAACAUCUUUAUAGAAUGGAACCAAUGGGAAUUGCGUGUAUUUGUGUGUGUAUAUAUAUAUAUCACUGUAGGAUAUUAUACCAUGGAAGUGUGAUUUCCAGUUUAAGGAGCAACAUAUAUUUAAUUUCUGCCAUUGUUUUGGGCACUGUAGAUAUGCUUGCAUAAUGCAAAGAUUUUCCCAGCAAAUAAGAUGAAUGGUAAUCACACUUCAGCUAUUUAUUUUAUUGGAAAUUUUAUUUUCAUUUUAAAAUAGGAAGACUGUAAUGAAUGCUUAUUAUUUUCCAUAAUCAAUAUGUGCAUAAAAGUUGCAUCAGCUUUUGCUGAUGGUUACUGGUCCACAUUGCUUAAAAUUUUGCAAUACCUCUGUUUAUAAUGUGCGCCACAAAAGUUUUGUUUUCCAUGCAGGCAAUUAAUGCUUGUUGUUUUUGCAGGGUAUACUUUUUUUGUGGUUUCAUAGAACAAAUGUUAAUGUGCUGUUGACAAGAACUACUGUGUUUUAUGUCUCCACUCCAUGCUAGUGUUUUCUGGAUUCUGUCUCUCCUACUCUACAGGAGUGGCCUAGAGCCCUAAGUCAGGUGGUUAGUUAAGCCUUAAAAAUGUAUCUAAAUACCCUGGUGUGCUGCUUUCUUUGGUUUUUUGAAUUCUCAUGAGUUUUCAUUAUUGUCCAGUAGCAGUAUGACUGCAGUAAUGGCAGUUACAGUCCCAAGUCAGUAUUUGCCAUUCUGGACGUUCCAUGUUUACACAAUAUAAAUUGGAUUUACUGGCAGCAAUUGGUCUAUAGGAAAUUAAAAGUACUUACCACGUCAGUACUCUUGAAUUCUUUUCUUCCUGUUUUUGCUUACAUUUUUUCCCAUAGAUUUUCAGUGUAUGAUUUACUCAGCUUGAAGAUUUUGGAGUAUUUCAUAUCUUCAUCAAAUAUAUUUCUUGGUUAAUAAAUUUUUUAAUUUACUGUGUAUUUGAUUAAAUGAGUUGUAGCUCAAUUCUGGAAUAGGUUUAUGAUCAGUAUUAUUUUAUGGAUUACUAAUUACUUGUGGUAUUUGUAUGUACAGUUCCGAUCCUCUCCAUUGUAAAGGGCAUAUAUGGUAGCACACCAACUUAUUUUUAAACACAUUAUUUAUUUUAAUUAGUAUAAAUUUCUAUCAUGUAAGAUGAAUUGAAAAAAUAAAUAUUCAUUUAUUAAAGUAAAUGGGAUUUUUUGGGGACUCCACUGAUAAAGAUGCAGUCAGUGCAUUUAUUGUACUUACAUUUUCAACUUCUAGUGUUUAGCAUUAAAAUAUUUGAAAUAAUGAGAAUUUUAUAUAUAAAUGAAAAUCUUGAUGACUUACCUGUGCAGUUUCCAUUCUUAAUUUUUUUUUUUGCCUUAUGCCUUAGUUUUUUUGGCUUUAAUUUCCAACAUUAUCUCUUUACAUUCUGAAUUGCCACUAGCCCUUUCUGGAUGCAUUACAAUGGCUUUAAUUAGAAUCUUUGCUCAUCUAAUACUAGAAGAUGCUGUUUGCUUAAUUCUGCUUUUGGCAGAGUUGGGAGUUUUACCAUGGACCAAGUGAUAAAAUUCUCAAUGAUUGCAAAAGGAGCUGAUUCUGGAGGAGGGCAGACUUUAUCUGAAAAUACCACUUGAGGUGGAAUUUUGGUGCUCUUCAGCCAAGUGUCACCUGUAGAGAAAAUAACUAUAUUACAAAAAUAAAGCAAUCAGUGGGAAUAAAUAGAAACAUUUAAAAUAAUAUUUACGUUACAUGGACUGUACCUGUUCCCUUUAAAUGUAAUGCAAUUAUUUAACUUUUUUUCUUUCUUUCUUUUUUGCAUUUAACUAAAUUCUGAGAAGACAGUUUAAAGAAAGGAAAUUGUAGUGUACAGCAAUAUGAAUAAUGGUAUCCAAACUGUCAUAACAGGCUCAGGUCAGGGGCAAAGCAAGAGAGGUCUGCAUUACCAGUUUGAGCAAUACUGUGUAAUGACCUGCAUUCUUAGAUAGUAGGGUAGCUCGUGCCUUAGUUUGACUUCAUGCUUUUCCAGAAAAUAACCCAUGCUUUCCCUCUGAUCAAACUGAGGUAACAACAAAACUACAGCAGAGGGUUUCUCAAAACUUUGGACAUCAUUUAAAAGAAACCCAAACAACACCAAUCUCCAUGUCAGUAGUUGACAGCUAAGUACUUCUUGCUCUGAAUCAAGGAGGGAAGAGAUAUUUUGAGGAUUUUAUGUAGCACCAUCCACAAUACAGUACUUCUGUCCUUUCAGUAGUAUUUUUCGCUUCCUGUUUACAAUCCUGCAACAGUUUCCAAAGACUCAAAAAUUACUAGAAGCCUCUUGGAUUUCUAACUCUUUAAUGCUGGAAAUCAGGGUUCCAUGGUGCUGCACACCUUGUGUUUGGCUUCUACUUCAGAAGGGUUAAGUUUUGGUCAAUAUUACAGGAAGUGGAUGUAUUUUUAGUAACGUUGAAAGGAAACAAAACCAAAGCCCCACAAGUCUAAUCACAGUAUUUAUUUAAUUGUGUAGAUAUUUUAAUCAGUGCCAGAAAUACCAUGACUUGGCAAACCAGUUUACAGUGACCUUUAGUUCCAGUGUUCUUGGGCAAUAGUUAUUCUUGCACUUUCUUCCCAUAUGAACAGGAGAAGAUCUGGUAUUGAGUGCAUAAAUCCCUGUUGCUAAUGUAUGGUUAAGUGAUUCAGUGGUCAUUUUACACCUUCUCUGCUUUAAAGUCACACAUAGUAUUAAAAUAAGACAGCUGAGGAUGUAGUUAAUUGUAUGUAGAUGUAUGUUUUGCCUUAAUGGAUGCAAAAGAGCAGUGACAAUUGCUGUGCACUGAUUUUUAUUUUUUUUUCAUAGGGCUUAAGCCCUGUAAAAACUACGCCAAUGGAUUUCCAUUCCAAUAGGUAGAGGAAAAUAAACAACCCUGCACUUUUUGUAGAUGCCUUGGUUUGCUGGAAUGGAGCUUAGUGCUACUGUGUACCUGGCUGCAGAGCCACCUCAGGAAGUCCCUCUUUUUUUUUUUUUUCUUUUUUCUUUUUUUUUCUAAUUUAUUUAUAAAUAUUAAUGUUUACAUGAAAUGUAGGUCUUAAUUUUGACCACUCCAUUUAAAUUAUCAUCUAAAAUGUAUCACUUAAAAUGCAGUUUUGUGUUUAAAUUAUAUUCUAGAAAACUCAUUCUUACCAUUUUCCUAUGUAUUACAGUGACACGUUUUUCAUUCUGUUUACAAAUGCCCAAGUUAACAACAAUUUCCUCCUAGGUUAACUUUGCAGCUAUAACAUGAUAUUUUAUAGAAUUGUUCUGUGAAAUGUUCCAAAUUGCCAAGUUUGUCAUCAUAAAACCUGUCAGGGUAAAACUUGGUGCCCUAAUGGCUUUGGGAUCUUUUUCAACCAAGUAUCUUGGCCAUUUUUUCUUCAUUUAAUGCAAAGUCUCCUGUAAGUUAUCAUUUGCUUCACCUGCAUCUCUGUCUUUAUACGGUCACUUCCUAAUUCGUGCCCUUUGCAAAGGCAGGUUCGACAGGCUGUAAAAUAUUUCUGUACCAAAUGGGUGUCACGUCGCAGAGCCUGCGCUGCUCUAAAGGGUUUGUCUUGUACAUAGGUUCUGUAAAUCAUAACGUGCAUGGUUCAGGACUCUCAGUUCACAAAUGUAAUCUGUCAGGCGAGCACCACAGCGAGCUUAGUUGUCUUUUUGCUUUCUUAUGAUUAGUAAUGUUUUAAUUACUCAUCUAGGACAAAAAUUAUCAAGUACAGUAAAACGUGGGAAAUACUUUGUUUAUACCAACAGUAAUUUAUUUCAUGGCAAAUUUUAAGACUAUAGGUGCACACAGCUUUGAGUCAGCGUAAGUGUAGUGCUAUAAAUAUAGCCAAUUGCUCAGUAAGUUUGUCAAUUUUAUUUUAUAAUGUUAUUAGUGAAAACUUCUAGUACUUUGUAGUUGGCAUUGAUCUUUGCCUAAAGACACUUUCAUAUUGAAUUUAGUAUCUGUUGACAUUUAUUUGGAAUAAUGAAUGAGUUUGAAAAUCGAUACUUUUCUAAAUGAUUUUAUUGGAAAGACACAUAAUUUCUAGUAUUUUCCUUUCUAUUGUUGCUGAUGCUCCUGUGCAAAGGUGUCUUCCAGGUUCAGCUUUUGCAGCUGAACUGCAGUUUUGAUUUUAAUAUUCUUUAUUUGAAAUGUGAUUACAUACUGUAUGGUUCGAAUUUUUUAUGACUGCUUUUCUAAUUACAGUGACGUUUUCUUACUUUAUAAACAAAUCCAAAGCAAAUGAAAACAUUAUUCCAACUGUAGAAUCAAUAAUCAGUUUAUACAGAAAACACAACUCUCGGACUUGUUUUUAAUGUGAUUCAGCCUUUGUGUUGUUUUAAUUACUGCUAGAAUAAAAUUAUCUUUUGUAACGUUUCAGAAAGUUGGUAAAAGCAAUAAACAAUCUCCUGGACUCCA